AUGGAACUGUUAACAUUUAUUGGAUUAUUUACGAUUUUUGGAAUAAGCGUAUUUUUUGCAUUCUUGAUAGUAUUUUCACCAAAAUCUCGAAAAAGAACUGAGUCAGAAAAAUAUUAUUUGGCAUCAAAGACUAAUAAACCACAACCUUUACCUAGCAUUUUCGAUGAAUCGGUUUUAUAUUUGACAGUUGUAGUUCCUGCACACAAUGAAACGAUGAGAAUACCCCUUAUGCUUCAAGAAACCGUUAGUUAUUUAGAAGGUCGUAAACUUGAAGAUAAAAACUUUCAAUAUGAAAUUAUAGUAGUAGACGAUGGAAGUACCGAUAACACAACUAUGAUCGUACUUGAAUUUGGGAAUAAAAAUAAAAAUGUAGAUUUAAAAGUUUUAAAAUUGGAAAAAAAUCGAAAAAAAGGUGGAGCUGUUGCACAGGUUAGUCAACAAGGAGUUAACGUUGAUAUUGGUAUUUUAUCAUCUAGUGGUAAACAUAUUCUUUUUGCAGAUGCAGAUGGAGCUACACAAUUUUCAGAUUUUGAAUUUUUGGAAAGAGAAUUGAAAAGGAUCGUCGAUAAAGAUGGUUUUGGAGUAGCUGUUGGAUCACGAGCUCAUUUAGUAAAAACCGAGGCAGUCGUGAAGGUUACUUAUUUAUAUCCUCUUAGAUCAUUUAUUCGCAAUUUCCUUAUGCAUUCUUUUCAUAAAGUAUUGUUUAUAUUUGGAAUUAGAGAUAUAGCAGAUACACAAUGUGGCUUUAAACUUUUCACACGUAAAUCAGGUUUAUAUAUAUUUAGUAAUAUGCAUGUAGAAGGUUGGAUAUUUGAUAUCGAAAUGCUUCUAAUUGCACAAUUUCUAAAGAUGCCAAUUGUUGAAGUUCCAGUUACAUGGCAUGAGAUAGAUGGAUCCAAAGUAUCAUUGAUAAAAGAUUCCAUUCAAAUGGCUAUGGAUUUAUUGAUUAUUCGAUUAAACUAUUUCUUUGGCUUUUGGAAAAUUCAUGAUCCUUUGUCAAGACCCAAACGUGAAUGA